AUGGUCGUCGCAUUCGCCCUCGUUCUGGCCGUCGUCGCGCCCUUGGUUGGUGCUGUACCCUUGACUGGUCGUCAGAUACCAGGCUUAACGACAACGACAUCGGUUCAAGGCAUCCCUGCUUUUCCCGCUAUCAACACUGGACUGCUUUGCCAACUGCCCAUGUUGAAGCCAAUCUGUAGUCGAAUCGCGUCUGUUUCCAAUAAGCAGGUCAAUACGCCGAUUGGUACCGCUCAGGGAGUUUCGGAUGGCUCAGGCGUAACCCGUUUUGCGGUUAGAUAUGCUUCUGCUGCUCGAUGGUCUACCUCCACCAUUGCGACAAAAUGGGAACUACCAAACGGAGCUACGAACGCCUCAGCACUUCCUCUGGCUUGCCCUCAACCUAACGUCGACUCAUCCGCCUACACUGAAGACUGUCUUUCCAUGGUCUUGUACGUGCCAACGACUCUGAAGGCAAAUAGUGGCGUUCCAACUCUUGUUUGGAUCCACGGUGGUUCUUUCAUCGCUGGUUCCGCGACUGGGCCCGGCCUUGACGGCUCCAAGUUGGCAGUUGCAACCAACUCCAUUGUCGCAGUCAUGCAAUACCGUCUUGGAGCGCUUGGCUUUAUGGCUCCUAACGGCGCGACAAACCUGGCAGUCAAGGACACUAUCAACGCGCUGACUUUCCUCGGCAAGGUCGUGCCCUCUUUCGGUGGAGAUGCGAAGAAGAUUACCCUCUCCGGUCAGAGCGCUGGUGCAGGCAUGAUUCGCGCUCUUCUUGCAGCUCCCUCGGCGUCGUCUCUUUUCCAAAGCUCCAUCAUGCAGUCUGAUCCUAUCAAUUAUGGGUUCCUGAAUGUAUCCACUCAAAACUCCCUGCAGUCCACCUUUAACACACUGACCGGCUGCACUGCUUCAAACACGGCUUGCCAGAAAUCGCUUUCUGUUGCGGCUAUCCUCAACGCACAAGUCGUCCUCAGUAGCAAGGCUCAGUCCAUUGACCCUUCGACUGGAGUUGGGGAACCCAUUCGUCCUGUUCGCGAUGGUAGUCUCAUCACGACUGCUCUUGAUCUGACUUCUGGCUCCUCCUUCCCUUCUCAAUCGAAACCGCUUCUCCUGACUAAUGUCAAGAACGAGGCUGGUCCCACCAUCUUCGGCAUGUUCACCAGUUCCCUCCCCAACACCCUCACUUCCACUGUUUGCGAUGGAUCCCUUGGGCCAGACCGUACCAGCAUCGUCUCUGCAUCACCGUUCUAUGAUUUUACUGUCGCUGAUAUCCGGACUCCCCUCGAGACACUUGGUAGCGACUAUAUGUGGCGCUGCCCCACGUGGUCUCUUGCCCGGCAGUGGACUCAGCACGGUGGAAAAGCCUAUGUUGGCCAAUUCGUUGUUGGUGCGACUUAUCCGUCCAACAACGAUGUUGCAUUCUGCGUUGACGGGGCUAUCUGCCACGAAGACGACAUUUACAUCGUCUUCGGCACAACUCCAAGCCCAACGGCUGCCCAAACUGCAUUGACGACGGAAAUCCAAGCACGGUACAAGGCUUUCCUGACAACCGGUGCUCCGAAUGCUCCCGGCCUUUCUCCGUGGCCGCUUGCCACAACUUCCUCUGUCCACCCCCACCAACUCGGCGGCGCGCCGACUCCUAGCGGCGAAGUCCCUGUUGGCGCUUGCGAUCCCGCUUUUUGGGGCCAGGCAGUGGGCUAUGAUUAUCAGGUUUAUGGGAUAUGA